UUUUUAGUGAAACGUUGAGGCGGCCCAAAGUUGCUUCAAAUAAGCGGUUAAAAUUUGAUCCGAAUUGUACGUUAGCCACCAAACAACUCAAAAGCUUUAAAAACAAAAAGUUGCAAGCAAGUCACAGCUUCCAGGACUGUGAUUGCGGUUGCGAAGAUUUUGGACCCCAUGAUGUUUGCAAUGUUGCUAAAAAAUGCAUAAGAUCUUGUACCGCGGUCUACGCAAUACUAUGCAUGGAAUACAACUGUAGAUCUUUCAAGUGUCAUUUUAAAGAGGUUUGUGUCACUAGAUGUGAAAUCGAAUUCUGUCCGCAGCCAUGUCCAGAUCCAUGUCCUUGUCCUUGCCCUAAUCCGCCGUGCCCUCCGCCUUGUCCGUGGCCACCGUGUCCUCCACCUUGUCCGUGGCCACCGUGUCCUCCACCUUGUCCAGUACCGCCGUGUCCUCCACCAGUGCCACCACCGCCACCACCGCCACCACCACCUCCUCCGCCUCCUCCGCCUCCUCCGCCUCCUCCGCCUCCUCCACCUCCGCCACCUCCGCCACCUCCGCCGCCUCCUCCGCCACCUCCGCCACCUCCGCCGCCUCCUCCGCCUCCUCCGCCUCCUCCAUGCCCACCGUGCCCAUGUCCGUUUCCACCGUGCCCAUGUCCACCAUGCCCAUGUCCGUUUCCACCGUGCCCAAAUCCGUUUCCACCGUGCCCACCAUUUUGUUUUCCUUGCGGUCCUAAUAUUAAUAAUAAUAACAAUAAUAAUAAUAAUAACAACAACAACAACAACAACAAUAACAAUAACAACAACAACAACAACUGUAAUUGGAAUUAUAACAUUAAUAAUAAUAACAAUAAUAAUAAUAAUGGAUGAUAAUAAAUAAUAACAUAGAUAUUUUUAUUGUAGAGACGAAAAUCUAAAAUAGAUAGUGCAAAUAACAUAGUCCUAAGAUGUCGUGUUAAAAAAAACAAUUACCCUUUGGAAUAUGUUAGAUAGAUAGAUCUGGCUAAUGAGCCUGUUUGUGAAAGAGCUCGCGAGCUGCACACGUGCAUUACUUGUGCGAUCUGUUCGCGUGCCGUUUGCGCGUCACAUAUAAUAACAUGUAUUUAACUGUAAGGGGUGCAACGCGCGUGCGCGUACAGUGCACCUGCACACAUUUGCAAAGCAAUUCAAGAUAAAACAUUGAACCAGCUUGAGACCUCCAGUCUAAGACCUUUCAUUGUGAGAGGAGACCUAUGCCUCAUUGUGGGACUUCUAUAAUGAUAAGAAUCGAAAUAAAGUUAUCCGACAGUGAACCAAAGUUAUCAAUGUAGUUGACAAGAGUAAGAAAGCUGAAGUGAACCGUUAGCUGGCGGGUGAAACGUGUUCUUGAGUAGAGGCCAUGACUCGUCAAUCGUAGUGCAGGACGCUGGUCUUCUGGUCAGAUG